AUGAGUCACCGUAGUAAGAUAAUUGCGUUAGCUUUAGCUAAAAGUGAAAUUACGGACAUUAACGCAGAAGACGAACAUGUGAAUAAUCGAAAUAAUGACGUUGAGAAUAAUGUACCACUGGAUAGGAGGAUGUCACCAAAUUUUGUCGAGACAGGUACUAUAAUAAACGAUAAAAGAGGUAUACACGGCACGCGCAAAAAUGCCGUUCCAGAUCAAGUCAAACAAUCUGUUAGAGAUCAUAUUUCACAAAUGCCAUUAGUAGACUCACACUAUGUGAGAAACAGAACAUCUAAAGAGUAUCUGGAUGAACAACUGAACUUUCCAAUACUCUACAAACUUUAUUUGGAAUGGAUGAAUGAAAAACAUUCCGAUCAGGUAGUUGCGACUUCAAGACAGUAUAGGGAGAUAUUUAAGACAGAUUUUAAUAUAGACUUUAACAAACCAAAAAAAGACCAAUGUCCAAGGUGUGAUUUAUUUAAAAAUUUAACUGAGACUGACAAAACUAAGCUAGAGUAUGAGUACGCUUUACAUAUUGCAAACAAAAAUGUGGUCAGGUCUUUAAAAGAUAGUGACAAACACCGAGCUAAACACUCUGAUUCUGUUGUAACAGCUUGUUAUGGUUUACAAAAAAUUUUGAAUACUCCUCAUUCAGAAGUGUCCGUAUUUUACUACAAAAGAAAACUUGCUACAUAUAACUUCACGAUCUAUGAUAUGGGUAAACAUAAAGGGUAUUGCUACUUGUGGGACGAGACGAUCGGACGCAAAGGAUCUAACGAAAUAAUAGAAACUGAUAGCUGUGGCGGUCAGAAUAAAAAUAGGACAGUAUUCGCAAUGUAUGCAUAUGCUAGCAGAAUAUUUAAUAUAAAUAUAAAUCAUUACUUCUUUGAAGUUGGACAUUCACAAUCAGAGGGUAAUGCGAUGUAUGCACUUAUUGAGCGAAGGAAAAAAACAUAA